UACCUUCCAUUUUCUCUUUCCAUUAUAAAAACAAACGAAGCUUCAUCCACUUCACUUCCACACCAAGUUCUGCUCUUUCAGAGCAACGCGCAAACCCUGUUCUCUUCUCUUCUUCUAGCCUCUGUUUUGCACUGAAAAUGGCACAGAUUCUUUCUUCAGCACUGCUUUUGGCUCUGCUGUGUGCUGCUUCAGCUGUUUCUGCCAUUGAGCCAAGAGUACCAGAAGCUUACCUUCAAAAUGGCAACUUUGAGGAGCAGCCGAACCCCAAAUAUCUCCAGAAAACAAAGCUCGUUGGGAAAUUUGCUUUGCCCAAAUGGGAGAUCAAUGGUCUGGUUGAGUAUGUCUCUGGGGGACCCCAACCUGGUGGCAUGUUCUUCCCAGUUACUCAUGGAAUUCAUGCUGUGAGACUUGGCAAUGAGGCUUCAAUCUCCCAAACUAUCAAGGUCAAACAGGGUCAACUGUAUGCUCUAAUUCUUGGGGCCUCAAGGACUUGUGCACAAGAUGAAGUUUUGAGAAUCUCUGUGCCUCCACAGACUGGUGAUGUUCCUUUGCAGACCCUGUAUAGCCUCAACGGUGAUGUUAUUGCUUGGGGGUUUAAGGCCACUUCUAAUGUUGUCAAAGUGACUUUCCACAACCCUGGAGUUCAAGAAGAUCCAGCUUGUGGGCCACUUCUGGAUGCCAUUGCUAUCAGGGAGUUCUACCCUCCAAUGCCUACUAGAGUUAACUUGGUAAAAAAUCCUGGCUUUGAGGAGGGUCCAUUCCCCAUUUUCAACUCUACAAACGGUGUUCUGCUCCCUCCUCAACAACAAGAUAGGUUCUCCCCACUACCUGGUUGGAUCAUUGAGUCCCUCAAGGCUGUGAAGUUCAUUGACUCAAAGCAUUUCAAUAUCCCAUUUGGGCUUGGAGCAGUGGAGCUUGUGGCAGGCAGAGAAAGUGCCAUUGCACAAGUCAUCAGAACAGUUACAAACAAAGUCUACAACAUCACAUUUUCAAUUGGAGAUGCCAAAAAUGGGUGCCAUGGAUCCAUGAUGGUUGAAGCAUUUGCUGCUAAAGAUACCUUCAAAGUUCCCUUCAAAUCUGAAGGGAAGGGAACAUUCAGGACUGUGAGUUUCAAGUUCAAAGCUAUUGCACCGAGAACCAGACUCACUUUCUACAGCUCCUUUUAUCAUACCAGAAUUGAUGAUUAUGGUUCUCUUUGUGGCCCUGUUAUUGAUCAAGUUAUAGUGUUCCCUGUUGCCUAAACAUGAGUUCCUUCUACUUUACCUUUACUAAAAUAUGUAGUAAUUGAGAGAUUUUUGCUAUCCCUUGAGUCUGUAUUUUCUAUAAUUGCAAGAAGGAUGAAAGAUAUUCUCAA